AUGUUCCGAGAUGGUGUUUGCCAGCGGAUCAAUCAGAUCAACGGCAGUGGAUGGAGAACUCAAGAAGACGAUGAUUGGAUCUACUACCCUCAGCAAUACGUCAACGUGUCACUGACUGUUGCCAAGGUCUCUGUUGCCCUCGUAGGAGGGUGUUGUGCACCCAACAGAUACAAACCCACUGGAUUUCUGUUUAAAGAUGAUGGCAGUACGUACUCCACCACUGGACACAAGAUGGUCGCUAUAGCAGAUAGGCCAUUGAUUCAAAAUAUAACGGUGACUGGAUGGUACAUGAAGAAGUUUGUGGAUGACUAUGCCAUGAACCUCACCCUCAUCCCGUCCGUGCAUCACCCGGAUAAGCAAUCCAUCUUGUUUGAAAUUGCAGCCUUUGAUCGCGCCAUGAUGGUAAACUAUCAGUUUUUUGAUUACCAACACAAGCAUAUUGGCAACUACUCUAGCGGCGUAUUGAGAAACGUAAAAACAGUGCCUGAUAUCACACUCCCAAGAUACACCCGGUCCAUUGUGGUUGAGUUUUAUGGUUCCAGAGCGGAUCCCAUGUGCUUUUCAUAUCUAUAUGCUGGUCUCUAUGUGCAUGGUCCUUCCACAACAGUGGUUAAAAUAUGCGCACAAGUAGCUUCUAUACUGCAAUAUCUGUCAUUGAUCAAUUUUGUCAUUGUGCCAGUAGUGUUUGCAAUCAUGAGUUUACUCCCCAUCCGCUUUCUUUGCAGAACGCCAUCUCAUAAGGUGCUCAUGUGUAUUGUCAUUAUGCUGGGAUCAUACAUCUCCAAUCAGGCUUGGAACUUGAUCAACUCUCAAUCAAGUAUCUUUCAUGAAUGGCUUCCUCGAGCUGCUAAAAUGGUAGGCAAGUAUACAGCAACAACAAGGGAUUGUUUCAACAACCUCACGGCUUCAAUAUGUAUAGAGCUCUUUUUGUCAUUUUUUCUAUACGCUGUUUACUUUUAUCCCGUCUUUCUCUGCUAUCAUGCCACCUACAGGUCUCGGCUAGCUAAUUUUCUAGGUGCUUGGUCAACAUGCACUCUGUUCGGGCUUCGGUUCUCUCUGGACCUUCCUUCCUACGUUGUUACCUACGCACGCAGUAUCCCGUUUCUAACAAUCAACUUGCUGGCUGCUGUACCCACCUUCAUCGCCUAUUGCAUUGUGCUAGUAUUCUUUGUAACCAGAUGUGUUACAUUUCAGCCUUGUACUGUGUGUUGUUUUGAGUUCCUGGAAGUGCAAGACAUUGAGGAAAAGUAUGUCAAAGUACUGAUGGCUGUAAGACGCAAAAAGAAAACAGCUACUAUCCAAAACACCUCUUUGGUGGGUCUUGUAUGGCUUGUUCUCAACGAGAGAUUAUGGCAAAGACUAGAUUGGAAGCUGAUCAUGAAGCGCAUGCGUACUCGCAAAUUCAUGAAAAUUUGCAUUCGAAAGCUGUUUGGUAUCCAUGAACAUGUUCGCAUCCCUUUUGCCAUCAAAACUUCGCUAACAUUGUUACUGUACUGCCUUGGACAAUUGAUUCCAUUGCUCAUUACACAGAUGAUCGGUGUAGGAGGUGUUGUCCCUGUUCAUAUAUGCAGUUGGACACCUUAUCUCUCUCAGUUUCAAUACCAUCCUGAUCCAAUGAGCUUUGCAAUCAAGACAUUUAUGUUGAUGCAGAUUGCAGUGUAUAUCGCUACAUUAGGCGCUGGUGGCGUGUGCAUGGUCUAUUCAUUAGGCAUAUUGCGUCGAUUUACCAAGGAUAUACUGCUACUGAGAAAGGGCGAUUACUUCUUAUUCAAGGGAAAGAGAAACAAUGGGCAAGUCAAAGACAUUGAUCUGGAUGAUUCCAUUCGCUUUCUCGGUGUGCUGAUUGGGUUUGGCUUUACGGGUACACUCUAUGUCAUGGUGGAGAUCAGUCUGAUUGGGACACUCAUCACUGCUGCUAUUCAACUGGAUCGAGUGAGGGAUGUCGUGUUUCGUCAUGUGGGAUACGGCGUCUAUUUCGCCAGUUUCUUCAUCGCCAUUGUAGUGCAGAUGAUUCAAAAGCGAAUUACAAAUCUUGUGUUUGUCGAGAAUCGCACACGAUUUAGUAUUCAACAUCGCGCACCCUUCUUGCAUUAUUGGUAUUUCAUGAUGCUCACGUCCAUGACAAGAGCAUUGACAUCCUACAUUUUGCGCACAUUGAAGUUGAUCUUUCGAUACCCAUUGUUUAGUGUUCGUGUAGACAGAAAUGCAGAGACGUGGAGUGUUCGUCGAGGAGAUGGAGGCAAGUUCAUAUCCGUCCCCUGCAGUGGUAGUCAAUACACCGACACCAAUGACAUAUCAACCCUAUUCACAGCACCCAAGCACCGGCUUAUUAUCCAUCAGUUCAGCCUCAAAUCAUUCAACAGCCAUACUAUCACCAGCCUGGAGGAAGAUAUAUUCAAAAUCACUCAUCGGCAUUAUCACAACUAUGCAUGUGGCUUUUAUGUCUGGGCGCGUGCACGUAUUGUUGCACUGAGGGCUGCUGUGGACCCAACGAUUGUUGUGAAGGAGGCGCAUAUAACGAUGAUUGCUGUGGGUGUUGCUGAUGACUAUGAGAGAUAUACUUAG